AGGAUUCGCCAAAAGGUUCGGAGGGAUUACCCAGACCGGACGGGCUGGCGUAACUAUCGCGGGGACCUUGGCGGUUUCCAUCUCUUGCGCUUUAAUACGGAAGAAAAACAGGACUCGUUCAGUUAAACCGUCGCUCUCGGAGAAGAAACACGUUGUAGUCUACGGCUCCUAGAAUAUUUGUGUUGCCUUCUGUGUCUGUGGUCCCCCUCAGAAAGAUGCUGCUUUCGGUGCUGCCGCUGUUGGCCAUGGCCGCCGGCGUGACUGCUCAGGCCGACGGCUCCUUCUGGUGGCUGAAUAGGAACACCACUUCCGCGCCGGAGACGGGCUCUCUGGAGACUUCUGCGCCCGAGGAAGUAUACUGCGAAUGCGUCCAGUAUUACCUGUGCGUGGACGGCGUCAUCAACACCGCGGGCGUAGGCGUGCUGGACGUGCGAUCCGGAGGCCCACGUCCCGUCCCCGUCACCAACGUGGAGACCUGCCCUGGGGAAUUGGACGUUUGCUGCAGGCUGCCCGGAUUCAACGAAACGACCUCUACGACGACGACCACCACCACCGCCAUGCCCACGCUGCCUCCAGACACGCCCUGUGAAUGCAUGUCCUUCAUCAACUGCAGUCUGGAUAAAAUGGUGCACAAUGGAGGGGGAAACACCUCGCUGGAACUCCCGGGUCUCGGCAAGUACUCCCACUCCCAGUGCCAUCAAGCCCUGGCCGUCUGCUGCGCCGUCGAGCCCACCACGACGACCACGGCCAGCCCGUUCCCUCCCGUUCACGCCGGCACUCUGGACUCCUCUUCCUCGACUGCCUGCCAGUGUGUCGACAUUUUUCUGUGCGGGCCAGAUGGGCACAUCAUCACCAGCGGGAUGGGCAUUCUCGACGUUCGAAGUGGCGUGCGGGCCCCUCAGCCACUUCCCAGGGGCGAAUGCGACGACCCUUUGCAAGUGUGUUGUCGUCCCCCGAAAGACACCCAUCUUCAGCCCAUCAACCCGGUGUCGUCCGCAGUCAGCGUCACCACAACCACCACCACGACUACUCCCCCGCCCACCACCACGCCCAAACCGGCGAAGGACUGCGGCACGAGGAAUGCCAACGGCGUGAGAGCCCGCAUCCUCGGAUUCCGCGAGGGAGAGAGUCAGUUCGGCGAGUUCCCGUGGGUGGCCACCGUCGUCAGGAAGGAGUCGCUGAUGGGGAAAGUCCACCACCUCUUCGUAGGGGGCGCCACGCUCAUCAACCCGAGGGUCGUCCUCACAGCCGCACAUAAGGUCCAAGGAUUGCAGCCGGACAAACUGGUGGUGCGACUGGGCGAGUGGGACACGCAAAGCAAGCUUGAGGCCUUCCCCCACCAGGACCGCGUCGUCGAGGCGGUGGAGAUUCACCCACGAUUCUACCCCAGGGCCCUCUUCCAUGACGUGGCGCUCCUUUUCCUGAAGAAAGAGGUUGUGUUGGCUCCGCACAUCGGCACCAUCUGCCUGGCGGAGAACUGGGACGAUGUGGACCCCGAUGCCUGUGUCAUCAACGGUUUUGGCAAAGAUGGCUUUGCUGACCAAGGACAGUACCAGAAGAUCAUGAAGAGCCUGACGCUGCCCCUGGUGGAGAGCCACAAGUGCCAGGACGCCCUCAGGACCACACGCCUUGGGAGGUUCUUCCGCCUCCACGAUUCCUUCAUCUGUGCCGGCGGAGUUAAGGGGAAGGAUGCAUGCAAGGGAGACGGAGGAGGACCCCUCGCAUGUCCCCGCAUCGACGACCCAACACGUUACCUCCUCAUGGGCAUCACAGCCUGGGGCAUCGGCUGCGGGGAGGAAGGCCUGCCCGGCGUCUAUGUCAACGUGCCUGCUCAUGCGGAGUGGAUAAAGCAGACGGUUGAUGCCAGAUUCCCAACUACGACAACUUCGACGACGACAACGACGACCACGACCACUAACGAGUUUUCGGAUUACCUGCAAGGAGAAAGCGACUACGAUUACGAAGAGUGGGAAGAGCGAAGGAAGAAGAAGAAGGGGAAGGGAAAGAAGUACGAGAGAACCGUCAGGGAUGACAUUAGAGCUGUUAGAAGAGAAGAAAGGAAGAGGAGAAGACAAGAGAGAAGGCAAAUGAGAAGGGGAGAGAGAGAGUGAAAACAGCAAUAUGACAGAUAUGGAGAUUAACACUGUUGAUACAAAGAAAGAAAUUGUAACAGGUGCAAUAAAAAGGUACAAAAAAUAUUGCAAUACACAAAGUACAAAACUGAAGGUUAGGUAGUUACAGCCUACUUUAACUAGGUAAGGUAUAUGCAAUACAACAGGUUAAUAAUUACUUACAAAUUACUUUACACUAAGCUCAUUUACACUGCUACUGUUCUUUUUCUGAUUCAAUUGAUUGCCAAGUCACUUGUGUUACUACUGACUGGACAAAUCACAAUGCAUUUGGAUUUGGACUACAUGGUGUAUGCAUACAUAGUAUCUAAUGGACAUAUUUGUAUCCCAGAUGUAUAUUCACAGGUGUAAUUGCUAUAACCAUUAUGGCUUUCCCAUACCAUACCAGUUCUUAGUUCAUAUAUAAGCUCACAGCUUGUUUCUGAGGAAAUUUUGAGCCGUUUUCAUUGUGAUUGAGAACUCACAGGCCGACCUUUGUUCUUAUACCUGUGUGGAAUAGAAUAAAGUCAGCAAAAAGUAGGUAAUUGCUCAUUCUGACAACUUGUCCAACUGUCAUUUUUUAAUUGAUGCAUAAAAAUGAGAGAAAACAAAC